UGAGUCAAGUGAUGAAAUCAAGACUAGUGCAUGGGAAGGAAGCUCACCCAAUAGCUCACGAACCUAACUGGUGACAGAAGCUGCUGAACCUUGCUCGAGGAAACCAUACGAGCUAAUAGUUGCAGCCGUCAUGAGGUGGUUCUCGGGGGCACUGGGCCCCCCAGUCUCUGGGCAGCGCACUCCUUCAUUUUGGAGAACCGCAGAGAAAGGCAGAAGUGUGUGAAGGAAAUACAGACUUCUGGUUCCCCAAGGACCCAGACGGAGUUCUGGUUACAAGGCGACCACUGCCACCAGGUCAGUGCAGGACUCCUCAAAUGUAGACGGGCGGAGGCGCGCCUCGCUUGGAAAACCAGCCUCCCUGUCCGCGGAGACAGAAGGGGCGCGGCGGCUGUGCUCCGCCGGGACGGCGCCCCUACCCAACGCGCGGCGCGCUCGGUCCUCACCUGGAGCGCUCAGGUAUUACCCUUUAAUGAAAUCUUCUUGCCAGCAAAUCUAUGAUAAAAAAUAUAAGUUACAGAAGAAACUAUAACUGUUAUUUGUCAAGUGGCAAGCUUUUAAUGUCAGAAUGGCUCACAUAAAACGACUAGUAAAAUUACAUCUUAAAAGACAUUAUCAUAAAAAAUUCUGGAAGCUUGGUGCAGUAAUUUUUUUCUUUAUAAUAUUUUUGAUUUUAAUGCAAAGAGAAGUAAGUGUUCAAUAUUCCAAAGAGGAAUCAAGGAUGGAAAGAAAUAUAAACAAAAACAAGGUGUUUGAUUUAAUGUUAGAAGCUGUAAACAAUAUUAAAGAUGCGAUGCCAAAAAUGCAAAUAGGAGCACCUGUCAGGCAAAACAUUGAUGCUGGUGAGAGACCCUGUUUGCAAGGAUAUUACACAGCAGCAGAACUGAAACCGGUUCUUGACCGCCCACCUCAGGAUUCCAAUGCACCUGGUGCUUCUGGUAAAGCGUUCAAGACAACCAAUUUAAGUGUUGAAGAACAGAAGGAAAAAGAACGUGGAGAAGCAAAACACUGUUUUAAUGCUUUUGCAAGUGACAGGAUUUCUUUACACCGAGAUCUUGGACCAGACACUCGACCUCCUGAAUGUAUUGAACAAAAAUUUAAGCGCUGUCCUCCCCUGCCUACCACCAGUGUCAUAAUAGUUUUUCAUAAUGAAGCCUGGUCCACGCUGCUUAGAACUGUCCACAGUGUGCUUUAUUCUUCCCCUGCCAUACUGCUGAAGGAAAUCAUUUUGGUGGAUGAUGCUAGUGUAGAUGAGUACUUACAUGAUAAACUAGAAGAAUAUAUAAAACAAUUUUCAAUAGUAAAAAUAGUCAGACAAAGAGAGAGAAAAGGUCUGAUCACUGCAAGGUUGCUAGGAGCAACAGUUGCAACAGCUGAAACCCUCACAUUUUUAGAUGCUCACUGUGAGUGUUUCUAUGGCUGGUUAGAACCUUUGUUGGCCAGAAUUGCUGAGAACUACACGGCCGUGGUGAGUCCGGAUAUUGCAUCCAUAGAUCUAAACACGUUUGAGUUCAACAAACCUUCUCCUUAUGGAAGUAAUCACAACCGUGGAAACUUUGACUGGAGUCUUUCAUUUGGCUGGGAAUCACUUCCUGAUCAUGAGAAGCAAAGAAGGAAAGAUGAAACCUACCCAAUUAAAACACCCACUUUUGCAGGAGGCCUUUUUUCCAUAUCAAAAGAAUAUUUUGAAUAUAUUGGAACUUACGAUGAAGAAAUGGAAAUCUGGGGAGGUGAAAAUAUAGAAAUGUCUUUCAGAGUAUGGCAAUGUGGUGGGCAGUUGGAGAUUAUGCCUUGCUCUGUUGUUGGACAUGUUUUUCGCAGCAAAAGCCCUCAUACCUUUCCAAAAGGCACUCAGGUGAUUGCUCGCAACCAAGUUCGCCUUGCAGAAGUCUGGAUGGAUGAAUACAAGGAAAUAUUUUAUAGGAGAAACACAGAUGCAGCAAAAAUUGUUAAACAAAAAUCAUUUGGUGAUCUUUCAAAGAGAUUUGAAAUAAAGCACCGCCUUCAAUGUAAAAAUUUUACAUGGUACCUGAACACUAUUUAUCCAGAAGCAUAUGUGCCAGACCUUAAUCCUGUUAUAUCUGGAUAUAUUAAAAGCGUUGGUCAGCCUCUGUGUCUGGAUGUUGGAGAAAAUAAUCAAGGAGGCAAACCAUUAAUUUUGUACACGUGUCAUGGACUCGGGGGAAACCAGUAUUUUGAAUACUCGGCUCAACAUGAAAUUCGGCAUAACAUCCAGAGGGAAUUAUGUCUUCAUGCUGCUCAAGGUCUUGUUCAGCUGAGAGCGUGUGCCUACAAAGGUCACAGGACAGUGGCCAGCGGAGAACAGAUAUGGGAGAUCCAGAAGGAUCAACUUCUAUAUAAUCCAUUCUUUAAAAUGUGCCUUUCAGCAAAUGGAGAGCAUCCAAGCUUGGUGUCAUGCAAUCCAUCAGAUCCACUCCAAAAAUGGAUUUUUAGCCAAAAUGAUUAAGUGUUCCUUAAAAUUAAGGAGUUGAAAAAGGAGAUAUUCUUUCUCACAAAACUGUGACUAGGCAUACACUGUAGUUUUUGAAAAUUAUGCAAAAGCAGCUAAUUGUAACUUAUUCCAAGUGCAUUUUUCUUAUUUAUGUCUUAAGAUGUCUAUGUAGCAUUGCUACAGAAAUCUUUUAAGUUUCCGUUUCAAAGCACAAUAACUAAUAAUACCAAAGACUAUUUUGAAAUGUCCAGAUGUAGGGGAAGAGAUGUUUACAGUAUGAUGAAAAUAAUUUUCUAAGUAAAGUGAUAUUUGUGUGUUUUGUACACUUAAAGAUAUGCAUAGCUACAUUCACACACUCACACUUUAAAAUAUUUCUUCUAGUUUUUUGGGGGGAGGGAGAAAGAUUUGAUACUGUAUUUUUUUAACUACAUAGAAAUGGAUCAAUGAAGGUCAAGCAUUGGCCUUUGUGUAUAAACCAGGAAAUUUUUAUAGAUCUAGAAUUUAUUAUAUAAAAAUGCAGGUAAACUUUUUUGCUUUUUGUUUUCUUAUUUGUCAUAGGUUUCCUUAAACACGAAAUUAAAUGAAUAAGAAUAUUUUUAACACUUCAGUAUCUUGGCAAAUUUUAAAAUAUUUUUUAGUCUGAAUCCACUUGACUUAAAGCACUUAAAUCUUGCUUAAAAUAUAUUUCUUAAAUAACUAUACGGUGUGUUUUCCCAAAGCAAUUAAAAGAAAAACUAUAAAGUACUAUCUGUUGAAAAGAUGUCUUUUUCCUUUCUGCUAGUCCUUUUUCCUUACCAAAACUCACUAAUCUUGAAUGUUUGUGGAAUUGAAUUUCAAAUGCAGAAUACUUGACUCAUUUAAAAGCUAAAUUUUGUUUGUUACUGAUUCAAUUUAGAUCAUCUUUGUAAAGAAUUUUUUUCAUCAAAAAAAAGCUUCUAUGUGGAAAACACAAUAAAAUGAAUCCUUAUCACUA